AUGCCGCUCUUUCGCGUCAGCGAUGCGGCUACUCGUCCAUCGGAGGUGUGCGAGGACCUCGUCGCCAAGCCCAUCGCAGCACACUACCAGCUUAUCAUCUCUACCAUCACCGACCAACUAGGCCCGUUAGCUGGCGCCGUCUGCCGCGCCCUCACCCAGUCAGGGCCAAUGUCGCUGAAGGACAUCAGCGAUGCCGUUCACCGCGAUGAGGAAGUGCGCGCCGUUGCCGCCGCGGCUGCCAACCGCGCCUCUGCCACGGGGGAGACGACGACAGCGGUGCCCGCCACCCACCAAUUGGGCUCGAGCUUCCACGUCGACCUCGGCGACAUCGCCUCUGUCAACGACGUUAUUCACGAGGUGGCGGUGAAGGAACUCGUGACGCGACUGGUGGUGCACCGUCUUGUUCACACAGACCCCGUAACGCACCUCUACGAGAUGCGCUAUGGUAGCGCUAUCCUUCUGCGCGUACUGUUCCCGCUCCUUCUCCACUGUGCACGCCAGCGGUACGGUGAGGCAGCCAAGUGUGUGCUGCUCGUUGCCUACCAGCUGGGCGUCGUGCCGCCGCGCGCUGCGGUGCAAGUAGCGCUGAGUCGCACCCCAAGCCUCACCCACGAGGCGAUCGAGUACGCUGUCGUUCGCCUCGUGGAGGACGGGUGGCUCGUGCCGGUGCCUAACUUACCCACCGCUGCACCCGAUGCGGCGACUCCAGCACUGCGAGCCGACGGGGCUUCCUCGCACCUGGGCGGCAGUUUGGAUUUGUGGAGUGCAACGAGGCCGCACUGUGUGGGCCUCCAGGCCGCCCUGCACUGCCUCUUCAGUGACGCAAUCGAGCAGGCUGUGGCUGAGCGCUACGCAGAUGGGCGGCUGGCCCUCACCUUGGUGCGCGCGCUGCGGCGGCGCACAGCGCCAAACUCAGAGUACACCGAGGCCGUCGCUUCCUUCCAGGAGCUGGCGGCGGAGCUGCCGCCCACUGCGGGUGUGCGCCGCGAUCGCAGCGGCGAGCCACGGGUGGGUACUGACAGCGUGUCAAGUGGCUCAGCAGAGGCGGUGCGGCGCUGCCUGGAGCGGUUGUGCCAGCCCGUCGCUCUUUUCGCGGGCUGCAACGCAGCUGCGCCGAUGACACCAGCCGCCGGCUCCUCCCCGAACUUCACGACGAUGCCGUCGACACGAGCGCUUUUGGUGAAGCCGCAGAGCGAGAGCGACUUGUACGCCUUGGACGACGUCACCGCUGUGCAGCUGCUGCAGGAGGCGGUGUGUGAGCGGGUCGUGUACAGUCGCUACGGCGUACUCGGUGUGCGCAUCAUGAGGCUGCUGCUGCAGCACCACUUCCUGGAGGAGCGAACGCUAGCGGAGCAGUCGGUCGCAACGUACGUCAAGGCUCGAGAGGUGUUGCACCGGAUGUUCAAGGACGGCUUUCUGCUUCAGCAGGAAGUGCCGCGCACCUCGGCACUCGUCGAGCGGUCCGCCAAGGCGAGUGUGUACCUCUGGGGGCUGAGCUGGAGUGCGACGCUGCUGCCUGCGGUGCGUGAGCGGUUGGCGAAAACGCUGACAAUUGCAUGGGUGAAGCUGCGCGAGGCGCAGCAGCAGGCGUCCGCCGUUGCAAAGCCUGCUGCCUGUGUCCGCUCCUCACCUGCAGCUAGCGGUGGCAUCAAGAGCAGUGCUGCUCACGCCGAGGAGGUCGAGGCGCAGUGGAAGAGCGGCAUGUCUCGCAGCAUACAGCAGGCGCUGCAGACCCAACGCACUAUCACGGGGCUACAGAGCUGCGUGAUGUCGCUCAUGCGGCUGCUGUUGAUUGUUGAUUUUUUCUAA